CGCUAUACAAGCACACCUCCAUCUGAGGACCUAACGAUGACGCGGAUCACAGACUUUGGUCGAAAACGCACGCAUGUGCAAGCGGGCUUUGAAGAACCAACAGAGCCACAAGCUUCAACAUCCACUCUUCCAUCCGAAAGCCAACCACACGACCAUCAAGUUCCCCCCAAAAAGAAAAGAAAGCGGACGAAAAAACCAAAAGAAAGUGGUGGCGAGGGUGAGGACGAGGGCAAGGAUGAGGCACAGGACGCGGGUGAUUCUGUUACAGCGAAAGUCGAGCCCAAGAAGAAACUGAAGGAAAAACGGAAACCAAAGACUCGACCAGAUCCUGCUCAACGUUCCGAAUCGAGACGUCAGAAACGAAUUGCGGAGAAAUAUGCAGACACUACUUGUUUUGCGUGUCGCGAAAAAGGGCACACUGCAAGAGACUGUCCUACUAUACGUAAUGAAGCCGGUGGUGGUGGUGGUGGUGGUGGUGGUGUAGCGAGACAAAGAACUGUUGGAAUAUGCUAUCGUUGUGGCUCAAAUCAGCAUACUCUCUCGCGAUGCAAGGCCCCAGAAGACCCUCAUCAUCCUCUUCCGUUUGCAUCAUGUUUUGUGUGUUCUGGUAAGGGUCACUUAGCAUCAUCUUGUCCACAAAACAAGGACAAGGGUGUCUAUCCAAACGGAGGCUGCUGCAAACUCUGUGGCGAAACGUCUCACUUGGCCAAGGAUUGUGGAUUGAGAAAACAAGCUCAAUCUGGAACUGCAACUUUCUUUGGGACAGGCCAAGACGCCGGUGCGGACGAAGAUGACUUUCACUCGUUCAAGCGGCGGAAUGCAGAUGUAGACAAGGAUAUAAAGAAAGAUGAGAGGGCAAAGAAAAAGGCCGAUGUAAAGUUUGCGCCGUACACGGGAACGGUGAAAGCCUUUGGUACCCAUGUCGGAAACUCUGCGAAGAAGGUUGUUUACUUUUGAGUACCUGGUCCCCUUAUAGACCGAAUGUUGAGUUUCCACUGACUUUGGAUUCGUAUCUUGUUUCAUUCGUAAGUUCAGCCACGACUUGGGUUUACAUUCUUGCGCAGACAC